AUGCCUAUUCGCAACCCUUUUACCCGCCGUCCGGGCCCUGCUAUCGUCUCUCCAGCUGGCGACGGGGACGUGCAAUCAGACGGCCAGAACCCGUCGCAUCCUGGGUUCGAGAAGCAGGACACUGUCGGUUCCAAGGCCUCGUCGUCGCUGAGCGUCAUGAGCUCCAAGAGCCAGGACAAUGGUGAAUACAAAAUGAGCGUCGUCAAUGACAGUGGGGUCUACCUACCGCCAUCCCCGACUGAAGAAAAGGGCCUUUGGCCGCGCAAGUACCUUGGCUCAGGUCGUAAUUCGACAGACACCCGUAAUGACUCUGGCGAGAUCGAGCAUUUCUCAAUCUCGAGAGAAUCUUUUGACUCUUACAGGCGAUCAUUUGAUAUCACAGCACGCUCCCCCAUUCCCCAAAACGACUUCCCAGCACGGCAGAGCCUUGAUUCAGCCCGUUACCCGCGACUACCUCGAUCCGCGAUUGACAGAAAACGGGACCUCCCCACCGCCGACGAAGGCUUUGAGGACGUAGGCCUGGAUGAUCAGAAGCAUCAACAUCAGCAAGGCCGCAUGCGCGGUCUGUUCUCUCGCUUCGGCGACUCGGACCACAAAGAGCCGAGCGCCAACUCGCCCAACUCGAGCGUUACGCGAUUCCUGUCUGGUGCGGGAAGGAAGCGCGGCCAGAGUGGGCAAGGCUCGGAACUGGGCACCAUCGAGCGACCCAAGUCGGCAGCCUCGGUCGAGACCACUGAGGUCCGCUGA